AUGCUCUCCUUCAGCCGCAUCUCCGUCCUCGCUGCUCUCGCCUUCGGCGCUUUCACGUCUGCGGCCCCCGCCAUCGCCGACACCAACGCGGCGACCAACGUCAACGCGAUCCCCUCGGUUCCCGUUGUUCCCACCGUGUCCGGGGUUAACGGCAUUGCUCGCCGUGACCAGAAGAACGUCGUCGAGAUCAUUAACGAGACGCACACGACGAUUACGCAGUACACGUACCAGCUCCAGUUCGUGACCGCCGACAACGCGACGUUCGAGGCGCUUGAGCCCAUUGUUGUCAACAUCAAGGGUGCGAUUGGGUCUGCUUUGACCGAGAUCAACGCCCUCGUUGGCCAGACUCAGGAUGUCAUCCUCGGCGUCGAGGGUGGUGCGCUCCUCACCGUUGAUGAGGUUGCGUCCGCCGUCGUCGGCCUUAUCGAGCUUGUUCUCGAGGCUGUCUCCGCUGUGCUCGCUGUCGUCUCGUCCGAUGCGUCCGAGUGCGUGACUGCUCUGCUUGGUUCCCUUGUCGAGGUUCUCGGUUGCCUGAUCUGCGCGAUCGUCAUGCUCGUCAACGGCCUCCUCGGUGGCGUGAUCUCUCUUGUGGUCAGCCUCCUCGGCGACGUUGUCGGUGUGCUUUCGACCCUCAAGGUCACUGUCCUCGUCAGCAUCCUCGGUAUCACCCUUUAA